AUGGUAAACAUAAACAUUUCAGUGGGUUUGCUUACUUUAGCAUCCAUUUUGCAGCCAGCAUUGGCAGGAUUUGACUGUUCCGCAAGUGAAGUCUCCGAUUACAAUCUUGAGUUGCUCAAAGGUGUUCACAAAUACACAGAAGAAGUGGAUACUCCACCAACUAAGAAGAGAACAACAUGGUACGUGGCAAUGUGCUCUCCCAUGGAGGACAAAGCAUGUCCGAAGGAUUCUGACAUUUGUGGGUUGACAGAAGUCUUAAUCAACGAUAAGUACGUAUUGACGGAGGUUAAGAGCUUUGACAACUCAUUGUCCAAGACAUAUAAGCAAACCAAUAGUGGGUUGGAAGUGGUGAUGGAAAACUUAUCCUGGGGGCCAGAUCUUUACCUGGCGUCCUUGAAGUUUGUAUGUAGUGAGGACGAUAAGGACGUUGAAGUUGAGCUAAUUGGCACCGAGUUCAGCGCAGUGUUCAAUGGCCCAGCUGGCUGUGCAAAGAAAGAUGGCGGAAACAAAGAUAAGCCAAAGACUCCUCCACCAAAGAAUGACGAUAAGGGUGAGUCAUGGGGCUGGUUUACGUGGAUAUUCAUCUUUUUGGUAUUGUUUUUGAGUAUCUACAUUAUUGGUGGAGCUUGGUUCCAGUACCACAAGUCGAACUCGAUUGACUUCCAGAGUGCACUCCGUGAAGUUUUGGAGAACUUCGUGGACUUGUUGAGAGGCUUACCUAACUUUAUAAAGGAAAUCAUGGAAAAGGUCACAGGUAACAACACGAGAGGGGAGUACAGUGCAGUGUAA